UGAGUCUUCUGACAUAAUUUAUUAUAGCAGUUUUGUUAAGUUGGCAAUGCAGCUUCUUAACUUCUACGACAGCAAAUUAGAAUGCACAAGGUUUUGAAUUAUUUACAAAAGUAGGAGCAACUGCAUUUUUCCAGUACGCAUGAUUUUGUAUCCUUUCUGAAAGCAGGAAGCAGCACGCUGUUAAUCGCAGUCAGACAGAUAACAGCAUUUCAUGGGAAGGUCAAUUCAACUGCAUUGUUUACAAAGGUGUUUUGAUUGUGUCUUUCGGUGGCUACAAAUUCAUUCAAACGAAUGUCUGAUUUUGGCCCGUGAUCUUGGAUUACCGAUGGACCAACAGCACAAAUCCCAUGCUUGGAUGUGAUUCCACCACUGUGAGCCUGAUGUCCAGAGGAGGAAGGACUGGUUCUGAUGGCAGACCAUCUUCCCUCAGGGCUACUGGAAGCGUGUGUUGUUGUCGGAGCCUCUGAGGAUAAACUCAAGGAUGUCUACCAGUCUCUACAGCAGGGCAACAGCACAACAGACCUCCUUAUUUUCGACCCAGAGGUCUUGCAAGUCCACGUACCUCCGUUUGUGACCAAAGAGAAUGCAGAUGAGUCUGGUGUACCCAGAACCCUCAGUCGAGUCCAGUGCAGACGGUCCUUCAUCAAGAAGAAGGAGAGGCUAGUGGUGGCUCCUAGUGGCCCUGGAGGGGCCGGGAGCAGUGAGGGGGCCACUGUCACGGAGGAUGUCAGCGUCCCCAAGGACAUCGACCUCAUGGCCCUGCCCCAACUCUGCUUUCCAGGGGGGCUUCAAGUAACAAAUGAACCAAAAGAAGAGCGUUUUCACUUUCUAGUCUUCACGGAUGUGUUCGGUAACCAAACCCAUGGAGUGGUUGUUCAGUGUUGUAGACCAUUUCAGGAAGGGUCAGUGUUCUAUCAGAAUGGACACUGGUCGUCCACCAGGACCACUAAGCUCUACACUGCUUUUGCCAUCUGUGUCAUAUCCAAGCAUCCUUAUUACAAUGCUCUGAAGGACUGUCUGUCUUGUUUGCUGGUGCAGCUUAGAACAUGCAGGUUGUCUGAAGAGAGGGUGAAGGAAUUUGCAGCCAAACUGUCUCUAGUGCCCAUUCCACCCCCUGGACAACUACAUGUGGUGUUCAACCUGAGACCCCUGAUGAUCGUACUGCCUUCCAGAGAGGAUAAGGAACACCCCGCUGUAGACCUGGAUCUCCAUUUGCCCUUCCUGUGCUUUAGAUCCAAACAGAUUUUACAGAUCAUCACUGGUAUUCUGAUGGAGCAGAGGGUAGUGUUCUUCUCAGCUGACUGGGCCCGCCUCACCCUGGUGGCAGAGUGUUUCAUGUUCUACAUCCACCCCCUCCACUGGCAGCACCCCUACGUGCCCAUCCUCUCAGCCCAGAUGCUGGACUUCGUCAUGGCCCCCACCGCCUUCCUCAUGGGCUGCCACCUCAACCACUUUGAGGAGGUCGCUGCGGAAACAGACGACCUGAUCUUGAUUAAUAUUGAUGAUGGAACAGUGUCUUCUUCCUGCUCAGAGACUGUCGACCUACCAGAUGUCCCCUUCAUUUCGUCAGAGUGUUUUACCAAGCGGAGGAAGGGCCUCCAGCUACAACAUGAUCUAGAGGUGUGUCACCAAGGGGCCGGCUCAGACGUUAAUGAGAUGCGCAUGCUGAGGAGACAAUGGCAGCAGAACCUGAACUGGGAAAUACAGAAUGUUACCUUGGAGCUCAUUGUCAACAUGUUCAGGGAUGUCAGUGGUCACCUGAACUAUGAACACCGAGUGUUUAACAGUGAAGAGUUCCUGAAGACCAGAGAGCAAGCUGACCUUCCCUUUUACAGAAAGGUCUUGGAGACACACAUCUUUCAUUCAUUCCUGAAGGACCGCCUCAAUAGGAAGAUGGAUGCUUUCACACGCAUGGAGGUCAACACUCGCUCAGAGACACAGAAAAUGAAGGCGAUGACAGACAACCCCAGGAGGCCCACCAUGCAGGAAAUGGCCAGGAAGUAUAGCAGCAACCCAGAGAUCCGUCUGAACAAGAGGCUGGGGAUGAGCCUCCCCAACCUGGGAGAGGAGCGCCAUCUCAACCUCCUCAGACAAACCUCCCUCAAGAAGACCAUUAUCUCUGAAAGUGCCUUCAAGAUCCCGCCCAAGCCUGUGAAGAUCUUCAAGCUGCCAGAAUUUCCUCCUCCCAUGGUGCACCACCAUGUCCAGAAGUACUAUGGAGAGUUGAUCAUACUACUGGGGAAGGCCAUCUCCUGUGUUCCUCCUGAGAACUCCACCCUCCUGGCCAGGUACUUCUACCUGCGCGGCUUCAUGAACACGCUGUGUUCCAAGCGUCUUGACGCCCUCAGUGACUUCCAGAACCUCUACAAGACGGACAUCGAGAUCUUCCCCACCGACCUGGUAAAGGCGCUAGUGGACUCGCUGCAGAAGGACGAGUUCUCCCAGGUGGACCGGCGGCCAGAGCUCAAGCGGCUCAUCUUCAAGGUGAAGACAGACAACGAGAUGGUGCUGGUCCAAGCUGACGACCAUGUGAAGAAGUUCCAGCUCCCUAAGACCCACAUGCUGCAGGAGGACUUUGUGAAGUGCAUCCAGGAGUCUGGGAUUGUGAAAGACGUCGCCACCAUCCAUAGGCUGUUUGAGGCCCUCACUGUGGGGCAACAGAAGCAGAUUGACCCAGAGGUGUUCCGUGUGUUCUACACCUUCUGGAAGGAGACGGAGGUGGAGGCCCAGGAUGUUCACCUGCCAGCUGAGGUCAUGGAGCACCUGGACAACAACGAGUGUGUCUACAAGCUGUCCUGCUCCGUCAAAACCAACCAGGGAGUGGGUAAGAUCGCCAUGACACAGAAGAGGCUCUUCCUGCUCACUGACGGGAGGCCUGGAUUUAUCGAGAUCACCAAGUUCAGAGACAUAAAGGAGGUGAAAAUCUCCUUUGCUCCUUUCCUGCUGCUGAGGAUCCCGUCUCUGAAGAUCAAGUGCAGUCUGAGGAAGGAGGUGUUUGAGGCCAACCUGAAGUCUGCGUGUGACCUGUGGAAUCUCAUGGUCAGAGAGAUGUGGGCUGGGAGGACGAUGGCAGACGACCACAAGGAUCCUCAGUACAUGCAGCAGGCUUUGACUAACGUCUUGCUCAUGGAUGCUGUGGUUGGCUGCCUUCAGACCCAGAAGGCCAUAUUUGCCGCCUCUAAACUGGCAUACUUUGACAGAGUGAAACAUGAAGCAGUUCCUGUGGUGGUUCCAAAGACAACAUUGGAGACGUUGAAACACAAGAUCAAUCCAUCACUAGACCUCCCAGCCCCACAGACUGUACAUGUCUUACUCUACACACCAGGCCAGUUGAGUUACUCGGAGGCAGACGGAGAUGGGAACCCCAAGUUGUGGUGUGCCCUCAGUGGUGGGAGGGUGGUUGUGUUUGAUGCAGCCAGCUGGUCCAUGCAGCAGAACUGUGUUCAAGUGGGAUCCUCCCAACUGAACUGCAUGCUGGGAUUGGACCAGGAUCAAGUAUGGAUUGGCUCCCAGGAUUCCAUCAUUUACAUAAUUGACACUCGCAGCAUGUCCUGCAAUAAGCAGCUGACAGAGCACAGGCAUGAGGUUAUGGACUUUGCCCUGGAGGAGAGUGACAAGAUGAGACAGACAUACUCCUGUAGUGCCGAUGGAACAGUCAUUCUGUGGGACCUCUCAACGCUAAAAGUGAAAAAGCAGUUUCAACUGACCUGUGAUAGGCUUAUGUCCAUUCAGCUCUUUAAUGGAACACUGUGGUGCUGUGCCAGAGACAGCAUCGUUGAACUGAGGAAGAACGGAACCCCACAUCGUAAGAUGACACUUCCUGAGGAUCUACGGAGCAUGCCCACUGAGCUCAGCAGCCUCGUCCUCUUCUUAGAGAGGGGCCAGUUGUGGACGAGCUGUUCUGAUUCUGACGAGCUCUGUCUCUGGCACUGUAGAGACCUGACCAAGCCUUUCCUGAGGGUGCGGCUACAGAACUGUACAGGGGUCAACUGUAUGAUCAAGGUUAAGAAUCAGAUCUGGGUUGGCUGCAGUGGGCCGAGCCCUGACCAGUGCAGGAUGAGUGGGAAGAUCUACAUAGUGGACACAGAGAGCCACAGUGUAGAGAAGGAGCUGAUGGCCCACACAGACAGUGUCCAGGCACUGUGCUCUGCAGAGGGCCGCUAUGUACUCAGUGGCUCCGCCUGCCAGGAUGGCAAAAUCGCCAUUUGGAAGGUUGAGUAGAGGACGAGUAGCCUGGUCCAAUGUGGGACCAGGUUAGAGGAAGAGCCCUGCAGACCCUGAGGAGUCCUACAGGUCUGAAGAGGCUAUAUCCACCUCAAACUCAACUCUGG